GUCAAAGAUAACCUCCAUCUGGAAGGGUCUAACUAUGAUGGAGUAAACGUUUGAAGACCAGGAAUUUUAUGGCGCACGCUAAAAAGAGCUUUCCAGAUGGUCAAAGAUAACCUCCUCAGCGCCGUUUGCGCCAAGAGAGGAGGAUCUGGUCGCCGCCUCCUUUCACUUAACAACGAUCUAGACGUUGUGUUGGUAAACAGAUCAUCUGUUUGUGAGUAAAAAUGAUGAAGGCAUGGUUUUACAAGGAGCACGGAUCUGUAAACGUCCUGCAAUUUGGGGAAAUCGAAGUUCCAAGUUUAGGGCCGGGCCAAGUUUUGAUUAAAGUUCGCGCAGCUGCUCUCAAUCCUGUCGAUUUCAAGUUACGCCAACAUGGCCUCCGGCAAAAUAUCGCGUUUCCUGCGGUGCCUGGUGGUGAUUUUGCAGGAGUCGUUGUUGAUGUGGGCGACGGCGUGUCGAAAUUUGAAAAGGGCGACGAAGUUUACGGUGACAUUCUCGAAUCUUCAGAGGGAAACCCUAGGCUGCUGGGUACUCUGGCUGAGUACACGGCAGCGGCAGAGCAUCUGUUGGCGUUAAAGCCCAGCAAUUUGUCUUUCGAGGAAGCCGCCAGUUUGCCCCUUGCGCUUUUAACUGCCUUGCUAGCAUUCGACACAGUUGAUUUUCACAAGGGGCAGAGCGUCUUUAUUGUGGGAGGCGCAGGAGGCGUGGGUAGCCUGGCGAUUCAGCUGGCAAAGAACGUUUUCGAAGCUUCUAGAAUUGUUUCGACUUGCAGCACGGGGAAAGCGGAGUUUGUGAAAAGCCUGGGGCCAGAUCUGGUGGUGGAUUAUACCAAACAGAGCUACGAGCAAGUAGAUGAGAAAUUUGAUUUUGUUUUCGACACCAUAGGUGAAUCUUCCAAGUCUCAUGUGGUUGCAAAGGAGGAAGGUAAAAUUGUAGACAUAGCGUCAUUUCCCCCACAUCCGAGAGCAGUGAAUGUACGUCUGAUGCAUCCCCACGGCAGGAAUUUGGAGAGGCUGAGCGAAUACCUAGAGAGCGGGAAAUUGAAGGCUGUGAUUGAUCCAAAGAGCCCCUAUGCGUUUUCUGAUGUGGUAGAGGCAUUCAAACACCUGGAGAGCGGACGAGCCAGAGGAAAAAUCGUUAUUUCCCCUAUUUGAAUGAGCGGUGUUUUCCGUACUUGUGUAGAGAAGACUCGAGGGGAUUGUAAAUGUAGUGAUCUCUUGCAAGGCCAAGUGUUUGGGUGCUCUUCUUUUUGUGAUAUUUGGUGGCCUCACCUUUCAUUUUGGUUAUUGAUUACAUAUUUGGGUAGAUUCAUCUAAUGUAAUGGUUGGAUGGAUGGAUCUAAUGUAAUGGUUGAAUGAAGUGUAAAGGUAAAUAUUGGAUUUAUUUCACACAUUUUAAGCUU